AAAUGGCCGCUGCCCUAUUCUAAGAUGGCGGCUGCCCGCUCCUCACACGUAGGCACGGCGCUGUGAACAGGCUCCUACGCAGCGCUUGCCGGCCCCGUCUCCUCCCCCCCGCCGGUUCCUCCGGGGCGGGUGGUGGCUGCGGUCGUCGGCGCCCCGCUGACGUCUUGACGUCUUGCCGCCGUGUCGUGGCCGCGGGGAGCGAGGCCAGGCCGCAGCGGCGGGCCGGGCAUGAGGAGUCGCGGCGGCCCGCACAGGUCACUGAAUCCAUUCACAAUAAUUUAAUUGACCAGUAUUUUGAACAAGAGGGAAGAAAAUGAUGUCAAGACAGGCUUUUCUCUGCAGUUUAGGAUCUCUGUAUUUGUCCCUUCUAUUUGUAUUUCUUCUAAUGGAUGCUUAUGCAAGGCCUGCAAACAAUUCUGCCCUAAAGGAAAAACUAGUUGACACUAAAGAUGAGAAUGAGAUCUUGCCCCCAGAUCACUUGAAUGGGGUCAAAAUGGAGAUGGAUGGACAUCUUAACAAAGAAUUUCAUCAAGAAGUUUUUCUAGGAAAAGAAAUGGAAGAAUUUGAGGAAGACUCUGAACCCAGAAAAAAUAGGAAGAAGCUCAUGGUCAUCUUCUCAAAGGUGGAUAUAAAUAAUGAUAAAAAGAUAAGUGCUAAAGAGAUGCAGCGCUGGAUCAUGGAAAAGACGGAUGAACACUUCCAGGAGGCUGUGGAAGAGAAUAAAAUGCACUUCAGAGCUGUGGACCCUGAUGGUGAUGGCCGUGUGUCCUGGGAUGAAUAUAAAGUUAAAUUUUUGGCAAGUAAGGGCUUUAAUGAAAAAGAGAUUAUAGAGAAGAUCAGAAACAAUGAAGAGCUAAAAAUUGAUGAGGAAACACAGGAAGUUUUAGAUAAUCUGAAGGAUCGGUGGUACCAAGCUGACAAUCCACCGCCUGAUCUGUUGUUGAAUGAAGAAGAAUUCUUGUCCUUUCUUCACCCAGAGCAUAGUAGGGGAAUGCUUAAAUUUAUGGUGAAAGAGAUCAUCCGAGAUCUGGAUCAAGAUGGAGAUAAGAAACUAACUCUUUCAGAGUUCAUUUCAUUACCUGUUGGUACUGUAGAGAACCAGCAAGCUCAAGAUAUUGAUGAUGAUUGGGUAAAAGACAGAAAGAAGGAAUUUGAGGAAGUCAUUGAUGCUAAUCAUGAUGGUAUUGUUACAAUGGAAGAGCUGGAGGAAUAUAUGGAUCCUAUGAAUGAGUACAAUGCCCUAAAUGAAGCAAAGCAAAUGAUAGCAGUAGCAGAUGAAAAUCAAAACCAUCACUUAGAGCUGGAAGAGAUCCUGAAAUACAGUGAAUACUUCACUGGCAGCAAACUUAUGGACUAUGCACGUAAUGUCCAUGAAGAGUUCUGACAAUGCUCACUUUUUUCAGAGCUCGGAAGCACCUUCUUACUUUCCCAAAAGAACCCACCAAAAAAACAAAGAAGUUACCUUGCUGCUAUCUGUGUUGUAUGCAUACAGUGUGUUGACCUAGACUAAAAAAGCUCCGUCCACAUAACUGCAGCUCUGUUGCCUUCAUUUUGAAGAGAAGCGGGGCUGGGGAGGAGUCUAAAAAUAAUGCAGUUUCUGCACUACAUCAACUCAUCCCAUUUUGUACAGUUAAUCCAGCUGAAUUUUCAGCUGCUUUUGGCUAAUCACAUUUGGUGGAGGUAUCUUUAAUAUAUUAAUUCUUUUUUUGUUACCUUCAUAGCUGCUGGUCCAUGGAAAUUGCAAAUAACAUUGAAAGAUUUUGGCUUUCUUAAAGGGAUUGUGGUUUAAAUCCGUAAGUUCUGAUGCCAUGAAAAAAUCCAUCUAUAGACUGACUGAAAAACUUCUAUUUUGCUCAGCAAAGUAUUUCUUUGUAUUUUGUGUACAGUUUAUAUCAGCAUCAAUAUUUCUUAGUUAAAAAUCAGUAAACUGUAGUUGGAUGCUGUUUUCUGGGCUGUUCUUGGUUGUUUUUUUCCUCACUAUUUUACCAGUCUCUGUAGUCAGCACGCAUUCUUAAUGUUGUAUGUACUGAAUAUCAAUGAAUUUCUCAGCUGAUACCAUUGCUUUUGUCUCUAGAGUUCAGUUCUUCAUGGACUUUACUCCAGGAGUGUGAAACCUGUUGUGCUAGCCUGUUAAAGGCAUUGGCUCUAGUGUUACCCUGUUGUAGUCAAUUUCUGUUAACUUAUUAGAAAUACUUUGGGACUUGAAGAAAAAGACACAAUAGCCACAUUCCUGAGAUGGCUCAUUCAUUUACAGUAAUUUGGCUCAUUCUCCAGUGUUUUCUCAAUAUAUCUCAAUCUAGCCCUAUAUUGUUGAAGACUUAAUACAAAUCUCCCUCUGUCACUGAACUGUCUUUGGAAACUGGGAGAAAGAACUUGCUUUAAGUGUUACAGAGAACUCUUUUACAUCUGAAUUAAAAAGAAAACUAGUUUAUGAUGUGACUGGUUUUUCAUUUGCAUCUGUACUGUGAUUGUGGAAGACUAAGACUGCUUAGGUCUUAAAUUUAAAUUAUUUAUGAAAUGAAUCACUAAGGGGAAGAUUUCUUUGUGGAUGUACAGAUGCAUUGAGUAAAUGGAUUAAUCUUCUAGGAUUAUGAUUUCUACUUAACCGUAAUUCAUUAAAACUAGUAGAGUUGCUUGUUUCUCUGCAAUUUAGUGAUGCUGACAAACUCGUGAAUGCUAAGAGUGGAGGAAAUAUUGGCUUUGCUUUUGCAGUGCCUCUGCCAGAGCAAUGUACAGUCAGCACUUGAAGUUUUCUAAUCAGUCAGUUUUUGAGUAAUCUCUGAGAAGCAUCCCAAGGGUCAAAUCUACUACUGUCUAAAAUAAGAACCUGAAUUAAAAAACGUUUUCUAUCUUUACUGUAAGAAGAAGAAAAAAAUCUGAAAGGUUGCCUGAAAAUCCAAGGUACUAUAUUUGAUUUAAUUUAUUCUCUUAAUACAAAUAUUGCUGUUUGUUUCUGUUUCAGAUGUCCCCCCCGCUUUUUUUUGUUGAAUGGCUUGUAUCAAAGUUAUCUUAUACAUCCAUCUUUUUGCAUUAAAUGUUUGUGUAUGUGCUUUGGAAAUGUUGCUCUUGAGCUUGUCAGUGAGUAGGAAGAAUCCAAACUCUCCAGAGUUUGUCUCCAGACAAAAUACAGUUUGAAAGAACUGCUAGAGAGGAGUAAAUUCAGUUUACGAUCUCAUAUUUCAUGUAGAACCAAGAGUAUCUGCAUAUUUCUAUUAAAAAGAGCUUAUGAAGACUGGCCUAGAAAGUCUUACAUGUUAGUCAAACUCCCUCUGCACAUACUUGAUUGCAAGGCCGUGAGUUUUAGGUUAGCCAGAGUCAAGAAACCCUCUACACAAAUCCCACAGCUAAAAACAUGAUGCUUAGUAGAAAUCAUAGGUAUGGCUGUUCUAAGUUAAUCAGCAAAAGGUCUGCAGUUUUCUCUUUUUUUUAGCUGAGUCUUCAUAAAUUCAUAAUCACCUCCACUUUCAACUAAUACAAAAACAUGGAUGUAAACACAGUUUUGCAAUGGAAUGGCCUCCUGUCUACUUCAAGACAACUUGUAGCAACAUCAGUCAAUAACUGUAUAAACUUUCUUGGAUUGCAUUCUUCUAUUAUACUCUAGUUGUUUGCAGAAUUUAAUCAUCUAGAUUUCAAUAACGUGACUGCACAAAUAGAAUCUGGUAACAUCUGAUGCUCAUAAAACAAGCACUAGUGUUUGUAGAAGGAUUUUGAGCAGCUGAAAGGUGAUGAAAUUUAAAACUUCAUCUGUCAGAGGCAAAGAUUAUGCAUAUUCAGUCUGGAGUUUAAUCUCCUAAAGCUAAUAAUGUGAACAUGGAAUCCCUUGAAAAAUACAAGAUAAUACAGCAGAUAGCUAGCAACUGCAGAAAUGUUAAAGUAUGUGCUGUGCGGUAUGUUGCAGUAUUUGCCAUGUACUGCUGAGAAGUUUCUUUAAUGUCUGUGUGCAGUCCUGCACUCUGAUGUUUUGAGUUUUUCCCUAUCAGGAAUCAGGAUCACAUGUGAACAGCUGUAUGAUAAAGUAGACGCAUGGUGGGAUUUGGAGGUACUUGAGACUGGUCCAAUGUAAAUUUUAGGGGAAGUUCAGACUAUUCCAUUUUGUCAAAAGUUUUUAUUUAUUUUAGUAUUUUGUAUCCAUUCAGUCUUUCUCUCGUUCUUGUAGGCCCUUGCCUGCAAGGGAACCCUUAGUUGUGUGUAAUCUCUAAGGAGUUUAGCAGGUUUUUGCUUGAGGAGUAUUUUUUGUUGUUGUUUUAAGCCUUCUGUUUAGCACUACUUUUGAGAUCAGUGCAUUUUUUUAUUUACUGUUCGUGAAUAAUCUACCUACUGUUAAUAGGAGUGCUACUGUCACCUGGACAUGUUUAGUCUUCCCAGAAUUCAAAAGCUUAUAUAAAACAUAGGAUAAGUGUCUGUAGUCAAAAAAAGUUGUAUGUAUAUUGUUGAAUAAAAGUAGACCGGAGUCUGA